UCAGUCUCAAGCCUUACGCUUGCACAUCUCAAGUUGAUCGUGCAUCGUGCAGCCCAGUUUCUUUAUAAAUCGUGAUCGUACGUGCUACGAAACUGGGAACAGUGAACGUCCAAGACGAUCACGCAACAAAGAAGAGGGACAUGUUCUGAGGAGGAUUGCGACGAGGUUUCUGACACACCAGUGGUACAGUGAAUUUUUAUUUAUGGAGAACUACACAUCGGACUCGAGCGAUUCGGAUUCCAGUACCAAAACAUUGGAUUUAUCCUAUUUGAUGCUCGACACUCAACUAUUAAACGAUCAUUUCAUCAAUACGAAAAAUCCAGAAAAUGUAGACACAUUGUUACUCCAUCAAAAUCGAUUGAACAACAUUCCACAGAUGAUAGUUAGGUUCACGAACUUGAACUCAUUGGACAUAUCAAAUUGCGGCCUUCAUCGACUCCCUGAUUUCCUUGGGGAUUGUCCUCUCACGUGUUUGGUGGCUAAGCACAAUAAUUUGACGAAUGAUUCGUUGCCUAAAAAUUUUCAAAAUUUGUCGAGACUCAGAGAGCUGAAUCUGAGCGGUAACAGAUUGACAAAUUUUCCACUGCAAAUUCUAGAUCUGACAGAGAUUAAAUAUCUGUAUUUGGGUGGCAAUCAAAUCACUGAGAUCAGCAAAGAUGUUUGGAAAUUGCAAAGAUUGCACGUUUUAUCGAUGGGAGGGAACAGAUUGACGGAAGUGCCAUCCACCUUAGGCGAGUUAAUGUCUCUUCAAGCGUUGAUAUUAUGCGACAACAUGCUGGAAAGUUUACCUAGUUCCAUAGCAAAAUUGACCAAUUUGAAAUCAUUGUUACUUCACAAGAAUAGAUUGAGAACAUUGCCUACUGAAAUCAUCACGUUAAAAUGUUUGACAGAGUUAUCUUUGAGGGAUAAUCCAUUAGUGGUAAGAUUCGUAUCGGAUAUGACACACAAUCCUCCAUCCCUAUUGGAACUGGCCGCUAGAGUGAUAAAGACCAAUGACAUCCGAUACGAUAGGGAGAGUAUACCAAGGAACCUGGUGGAGUAUCUAAACAGCGGUCACCGUUGCGUCAAUUCUAAGUGUAAAGGUGUAUUCUUCAAUAAUAGAGUGGAACACGUCAAGUUUGUCGAUUUCUGUGGAAAGUAUCGUCUACCUCUGCUACAAUAUCUUUGUAGCAGGAAAUGUAUAGAAUCACGAGAUGGAGACGAAGUGGUCAGUGGUGCGAUGAUAAGAAAAGUUCUUUUGGGCUGAUUACUAUUAAAUGAAAUUUUACAACUACAAGAUUUGUUAUCUUUCCGCUCAAAGGAGAUAGGAAAAUAUCGAUCGAUCAACGAUUGUCAAAUAUUCAAUUUCAAGUAUCAGUUUCAAGAUUUUUGAAAGUUAAACGGAGGAGGAUAAAGGAGGGAUUAUGACUUGCAAUAUAAUUGCACAUUUGAAUAGAAAAUUCGAAACUCGAGACAUAUAUAUAUAUAUAUAUUGUAAAUUGAACAUAAAUUAAAGAAAAAUUUCAAUCAAACGAUAAUAUCGUUGAUAAGUCUUUCAAAGCUGAUGAAUCGUUUUUGCCAAAAUUGCCAUUUUUAACAUAUAUAUGUAUAUAUAUACACAAUGGGAACGAGGAAAAAACAUUCUUUAUAAAAUAUAUGUAUAUUUGACCGAAUUUUGUUUCGUUUGCAUACUUACUUGCUCCGUAUCCGCAUCCAUCCAUCGUGCAAAACUGUAGCGAAUGAAACCGCAGUGUUUGUUAACGUUAUCGUUUUAUUGUUAAAUAAACCACAAAAUCUACAAUAAUAAUAAUCAUAUUAUCAUAUAGAGUCUCCGUAGGAACGGAGGCGUUCGAUCCUCGCUUAAAACACAUCCAUUGAUUUAUUUCUACGAUUACCGAUUAUCGACUAUUCUCUCGUGUGUGAACCGUGUAAAACUGAAAACAUCCGUCAAGUGAACGGUAGCGAAGCGAACGAUGUUACUUUAUUAUCGUGAUUCGUCGAUAUAGAGUCGUUUAAGAUUCAUAGAGAACAUCGUUAUUUUUUUUUUUUUUUUCUUUUUUUUUUUUUCAUUUUUCCCCCUUUUUUCUUUAAUAACUCGAAGUAAGUCGGUGACAAUCUUCGUGAAUAUAGCAAUAUCGUAUUAAGAGUUCGCUAGUCUUUUUUUCUUUUUCAUUCUGUUUUUUUUUUUUUUCUUUUUUUUCUCUUUAAUACCGCGUAUAAUGUGUUGCUGUGUUUAUUAAUUAUCUAUACAUACAUAUGCAUAUUCAUAUAUAUGCGCUCUGUUAUAUUAUACAUUACAUACAUGUAUAUGUACAUACAUGUAUGUACAUACUUCGAUUUUCCACCCCUCCCUCCCCCCCCUCCCCUCCCCUCCCCCUCCCUUCGCCGCUCUAUUUCUCCAGCGAACGAGUAUUCUUUGUGUUCACACGCGUCAGGCACUCCAUUUCGCUCGCACACAGCUGCACGUUCGUUUCUUCUCUUUUCGUAUCACGAUCUUUUUGGGAUCGAUGUAUUUUCUUAAUUUUUUUUUUUUUUUUUUCCCCCUUUUUUUUUCAUAACUAACUUCUCGUUACUCUCUUUCAUUUUUCUUUCUUUUCGUUUUUUUGCGAAUCUCACGCCAUUCACAUUUAAUACAUUCACAGAUUCUUCUUUUUCCUUUUUUUUUUUUUUUGUUCACAGAUUAUCUAUAUGUAUAUUAACAUAAUUUUCCCUAGUAUAAUCGCGAGUAACGAUAACCCUCUCGGUAUGGCAUUUUUAUGGUUGUCAGAGGUGUGAACGAGAUGUUUUCGAGAUGAUUAAUAGUGCGUUAUGGACGUUUUGUUGCUUAUUUUACAGAAUACGUGUAAUAAAAAUGAGGUUGUGGUACAAGUUCACUGAGACUUAGCUUUAGAUUCGGAUCGACGAACGGGUAUGCUCACCAUGGUUGCCGGCUAUAGCCGGCAAGCGAAUAUAAAAGCGUACCGAUUUGCCGACUAUAGCCGUCCACUAUAGACGCUAUAGUAUUUUCGAGUAAAGCACGAAAGAUUGAUUAUAGUCAACAAACUCCUAAAUAUUACACUUUUUACCGCUGAUUAUAUUCGACUUGUAGCUUAAGUAAGCGUAUAAUGACGGUCGACUAUAAUCGACUUGAAGUAACGAAAAUACGUUAACCAGGGCCAUAGGAGGCCAUCGAUUAUAGCCGACGAGUUAACUUAGGUGAAAGACUUUAGUUCCGGACUAUAAUCGUCACGGCGAACAUAUACAGAUUAUAGGGAUCGCGCGAAAUAUCAGGCACGAGCCUACUAUAUACUGUACGCGUUCUGUUACUCGGCACGAUAACAUGUUUCAAGGGGGGGGGGGGGGUAUGUGAUCGUAUAUAGUCGACGUAUAUAGACUCAAAGGAGCAUACUAUGAUCAGUGAAAAGAUCCACGAGACCGUCAAUUAUAUUAAAAAUCCAUGAAGCACACUCGACUAUCCGUGACUAUACUUGGUUCGCAGACUUGUUAUACAUGGCCAUACCGGAAGGGGUUAAACACUCAUUCCAUAGGCGAAUGUGCAUCUCUAAACGUGGACGCCGUUACAUGACUAUAAUCUCUCCGGGCUGCGAACGACCGUGUAUAGUCACCUCCGUUCCUCUUCCUCCAUCGUUCCAUCGCUCUCCUCGUUUUUUCUUCCCCUCUUUCUCGCGCAAAAUCCUUUCGCUCCUAAGAAUCUUCAUCCUUUUUUUCUUUUUUUUUUUUUUUUUUUUUUUUUUNUUUUUUUUUUUUUUUUUUUUUUUUUUUUUUUUUUCCCCCGACUUUGGCGCAAGCGUGUUACAGAGAACGGAUAGAUAAUAAUAGGAGGAAGAGGAUCGUGUUAAAAACGGAUCGGCUAUCAGCAAUCAUCCGAACGGAACUCGAUUCCGAUUUCAAUAAUAUUCCAAUCGAGAAAUCAUGGCUGAUCUCAUUCGGAAAAGCGAAUAAUGGCCAAUUCUCGAGUAUUUAUAUGGGACUCGAAUUAUCGUUCGACAGAGAUGUAAAAAGAAAAGAAAGAAUAACGCGGACGAUUCACGCUGAGAACGCGGCAUUCCACGUUAAGGAACGUUUCUUUUUUCUUUUUUCCUUUUUUUUUUUUCUUUUUUUUUUUUUUUUCCGUGGAACGAGCCAAAUCAACGAUCGAUUCUGUCGGAUAAAUUGGCGAGGGGAUAUACAUGUGUCAUGUAUACUUCUGAAGAGGAUGUCCUAUAAUCAUAGUAAAUGAGUCGUUCAAGCGUUAUAGAUAUCAUGAAAGAGACAAAGAGAUAGCACGUACGUUUCUCUUUUUUUCGAUUAUAUGUCGGCUAUACAUAUCGUAUCGUAGAAACGAGAGAUAUUAGCGUACGUUACAACUGAUAUUGCCAAAAUAUCACCACUCCAUCUCUCGAAAUCGAAAAUCUCUCUAAUCUUCGAAAAUAGUGGUACAAGGUGUUUUUAAAUAUCGAUCGUCUACUAGUUAUGGUUUUUUUUUUUUUUUUUUUUUUUUAAUUCUUCGCAAGUUUCUCCUUGUCAUUGUUUUUUUCUUUUUUUCCUCUUUUUUUUUAUCUUAUGCACAGGUAAUACGCGUGAAAGUAAUACGCUCACUACGGAUAGAAUCGCUAUUGUGGUGCAAAAGUAAAAAGCUUAUAAAAAUUCGAUCGUGUAUGUAUGCAUGUAUGUAUGUAUGUAUGUAUGUAUGUAUGUAAGAUCCGCCUCUAAAAAUUCUGCUCUAAAAAAAUCUCCAAGACUCGAUCUAAUCAUUCAGCUUUUUCCCCUUCGACUAAUCGUCGAAAGAUCGUAUUGGAUAUUAACCCUUGACUGGUAUCGUUGGACUUUUUUUUUAAGCGACAUUGCUUACACAUUUUCGAUCAUCUAUCGAAUCAUAAUAAUAUAUUUCUUCGUAUUUAUUUACGCGUAAAAACGCGUAUCUGUGGUGGCACUUUUAUCCUUAUUAAGCGAAAUUAAGCGGAACAAAAAGUUGGAAAGCGAAAGAAAUGCACGAGACUCGCCGCCGAUCAUCGAAUGAUACCAGUCGAGCGUUAAAUGGCGUAAAAAGGAUAUAUUGUUCAAUUUCAUCCAUUCGUUUCUAUUAUUUACACGCAAUAAAAUAUUUCGCGAUCGAGAUCGAUAAAGGGGUGCGCGCUGAUCAAAUCAUCACCACUACUACUAUUGAAUCAAUUAUAUUGACGCAUUGUCACGCCAGUGUAUCGACAGUGUAUCUACAGAAGUGUAUCGAAGAUGAGCUAUACAUGGUACAACAUUUAGAAUUAUCACCGAUCGAAUAUAAGAAUCUGAUCUUAUAAGGAUUAUUCACGAAUGAAAGGUGUCUUUUAACAAAUAACGUAAGAAAGACACGGUAAGAAAAGCAGAAUAGGAUUACAAAGAGUACUUAUACACUGAGCCUGUGUGACACGUGAAGUUUAAUACGAAAUUUUAUUAUUGCGUCCUUCGGAUUUUACAUGCGAAAAAAAAUUACUCGUGACAAGAAAGGAGUUACAGUUUUUUUUUUUUUUUUCUUUUUUUUUUUUUUGUCUAACGAUUGUCUCGAACCAAUCAAUCAGAAACAAAUAAUCAGUUUAUUCAUCGACGAAUUUCGUAUUAAUUGAUCACUAUUAUAACUUAAAAAUAUAUAUUUGUCCUUAAAAAUAUCGUAUACGUGUGCAUAUACGAUAUUUAUAUACCGCAAUGAAACGAACUUACUUUUUUUUUUUUUUCUUCUUCUUAGUUUAGAUCGAUUAUUCGCCAUUUUUAGGAUGUGUACGACACGAAAAACAGGAAAAAAUUAAAAAAAUGAUAUCGUAACGAUAAUUCAACAAUUCAUCGUAAUUGAAGCGUUUUCCGUUCAUCAUGCGUACAACGUUGGAAAUAUACAGUGCUUGCUACACUACUUUAGCCACGAUCGUUCAAAACGUGUAUAUAUUUCCGAUUGAAUUUUCGAAUUUCUUUCUAACGAAUGAUACAUCUGAAUGAAUACAUUUCAGAAUUAAUGUAGGGGGGGGGGGGGGAAGAAAAAAAGAAAAAAAAAAAAAAAAAAAGAAUAA